AUGCCUGAGGAACAGAUUGUCACUUUCCAUAGCGACGGCUCAUCGGAACUUUUCAGUCUUGUGGGUGCGACCAUCUUGGUCGACGAGGACGACUUCAAGGGAAUCCACCAUGCAGCACGAAAUCUUGCGGAGGACUUCUCUAGGGUCACGAAGGGUCCUGUCAGCCCUUUCCAGACUGUGGUCAAGCAGCAAGCCGAUCCUCUAGAGCUUGAGAGCUCCAAUGCAAUCAUCAUCGGCUGCAUCGAAUCGUGCUGGAUGAUCAAGCAGCUGGAAGAAUCGGGACGAAUCGAUACAGGCGCGAUCUGUGGGAAAUGGGAGUCUUUCACCACAAGAGUGGUUGACAACCCACUGAAUGGCUGCGAGAAAGCCUUAGUAAUUGCCGGAAGCGAUAAACGCGGUGCCAUCUUUGGCGCAUACACACUCUCCCGCCAGAUCGGCGUUUCUCCAUGGUACUGGUGGGCAGAUGUUCCUCCCCAAUUCUACGAAGAAAUCUUUGCACACCCCAUUCAGACCACCCAAGGCGAGCCGAGUAUUCAAUAUCGCGGCAUUUUCAUCAAUGACGAGGCCCCUGCACUGACCGGCUGGGUUUUGGAGAAAUUUGGCGGAUACAAUUCCAAUUUCUACAAGAAGGUCUACGAGCUGUUACUUCGGCUUAAGGCGAACUUUAUGUGGCCCGCCAUGUGGCCUGGAUACCCGAACCCAGGCGCCAUUUUCUUCGUUGACGACCCUGAAAAUCAACGACUCGCCGAUGAGUAUGGGAUCUGUGUGUCGACUUCGCACCAUGAGCCAAUGCAGCGGGCUACGACAGAGUGGUUUCAUGAAGGUCAUGAAGAUGGCUCAUGGGACUGGACGACGCAUCGAGACCAGAUCAUCGAUUUUUUCAGAAAAGGUGUUCAGCGUGCAAUUGGGCUGGAAUCGUUUUUUACUAUGGGGAUUCGAGGCGAGUACGACAAAGGCAUGACAACAAGUGAUCCUGGUGCUGUGGUCCGCGAUGUUCUGCAACAGCAGCGCGCUCUGUUCAAAGAGAUACAUGGGCGCGAGGAUGCUGUGCCUCAGGUGCUAGCCCUGUACAAAGAAGUCCAGGAUCUCUAUCAAGCAGGUGAAUUCACCGUUCCGGAUGAUGUGACGCUUCUGUUUGCGGACGACAAUUUCGGUGCUCUACGCCGUCUGCCGUCUGGUUUAGAGAAGACAAGAGCUGGGGGUGCUGGAAUCUAUUACCAUUUCGAGUACGUCGGUGCACCUCGUAGUUAUAAGUGGAUCAACCCGAAUUCUUUGGGUAAGAUCUACCACCAACUUCACCAGGCACACGAGCGAAAUGCCAAGAAAAUAUGGGUUUUCAACGUGGGUGACAUCAAGCCGAUGGAAGUUCCUCUAACGUUCGCUAUGUCUAUGGCUUGGAACAUCGACUCUGUUCAAUGCGACAGUAUUUCCAAGUUUCUUUUCACGCUCUCCACGGAAUGUUUUCCUCAAACAGAUGGUUGGGAGAUAGCUAGGAUAUGGCAGGAAUAUGAUCGUCUUGUUCGUAUGCGCAGGCACGAGCACAUUGAGCCGGAUACAUUCUCACUACUUCAUUACGGUGAAGCAGACGGCGUCGAAUCUGAAUGGCAGAUGCUUGAAACAUUGACAGAAGAAAUCUACGAGGCCAUUCCUGGACAUCAAAAGCCGGCUUUUUGGCAGCUUGUGGUCCAUCCUGUCAAGGCCAGCUCAAUCUUCACACGUCUUCGAAUCGCCCAAGCCCGAAACCAGCUAUACGCUCGGCAGCGACGCAACUCAGCAAAUAAGCUCCUUCGCGAUGUGCUCGAUCUUUUUGAUGCGGAUUUCAAACUCUCACAAGAAUUUCAUACACUUUUGGAUGGUAAAUGGAAUCACAUAAUGUGUCAGCCGCACAUGGGCUACGGUGAUACCUGGCAUGCCCCAUCUCGCGACGCGAUCUUUGGUCUCGCCUACGUGCAGCGAGGCCAGGAAAGCAAUGCUAUCAUGGGUCACAUGGGAGUAGCUGUUGAAGGCCACGAAGGCAUCCGUGCAGGUAGAAUCAACGAAGAAAGUGAGCGAACUCAUCCCAGUCGACGGGAUCUCGUCGCAGGUUUGACUUUGCCUCCGUUGAGUUUAUACAACAAUCACGACUCGCGGAUUGAAAUCUUCAACCGUGGAACAAAAAGAAUUCACUGGAAGUGCUCAACAUCCUAUCCGUGGAUUUUGCUACGGCCAUCGUACGGUGUUCUCGGUCCAGACGACUACGAUGCAUCUAUUCGCGUUAGUGUCCUUUGGCAGGACGUGCCAACUGACUUCGACCAGACGGUUACGAUCAAUAUUCUUUCCAAAGAAGGAGACUUCGAACAAGUCCAUCUUCCUAUCAAAGGACAUCGUGUUCCCAAGUCGUUCUCCGGAUUCAUCGAGAAACAAGGCUAUGUCUCCAUCCCUGCAGUCGGAAUGGGGAUUGAGGAGCCAUACAAACAUCAUCCAGAGCUUGGACGUGGUCCUAAUGGAUCCGUGACUCUCAGAGCCUCAGUCUCGAAUGAUGAAACUGUACCCUUUCUCAAGUAUCCGAUUUACAUAUUUUCGCGCACCGCACCAGCCACUGUUACUCUUUACUUUAACUUGACGCUUGAGAUUGACCCGACUCAUCGGAUUUCAUAUGAUAUCGGCGUUGACAAUCAGCCCACCACGUCACACUACCUCCUUGCCUUACCGGAUAAAGAAAGCAAGGUGCCAGCCGAAGGCUGGCUUGAAGCUGUCAAGGAUUGUGUUUGGAAGAGAACUCACAAGAUCGAUUGUCUAGAAAGCGGGGAGCACCUGCUUCGCGUUCGCUUGAAGCAUUCGAACUUGCUGCUCGAGAAGAUUGUUGUCGAUCUUGGUGGUGUCAAAGAAUGCUAUCUCGGGCCUCCUCCGAGUUUCCAUGUUGGCGAAAUGGAGCUAGACAAUCCAGAAGCGGAAUAG